UAAUAAAUGGAUUAUUUUCUUUUCCUCCUACACGUAGAAAUUGUUAUACAAGUGAUGAAUUUAAACCACAGUAUUAUAAUACGGACUAUGGAUACAGUUAUGAUAUAGCGACAUGUAUGUAUGAUUCAGUAGUUAGAAAAAUAUUAAAUGAAUGUAAGUGUGAACCAACCUUUGCAUCUGGAAUUAAUCAGAGUUUCCCUGGUGGUACAUGGUUAGAGAGCUGCAGGGGAAACGGUCUUAUCUGUCAAAAGGAUUGGACAGGUAGAUGGGGAUACGACUCAAUGGGUCUUCACAAAACACUCAAUACUAUCACAGGCGAACAUACAGAGUGUACUCAGGCCUGCGAUUAUCAAACUGAACAGCUUCUGAUAUCGCAAGGCCUGUACCCAAGCAAAUAUUCUCUUUCUCUCAGACAAAAUUCGUUUUGCAAUAUAGUUCUAAAAGUUCGUGAUGAGAUAUGUGCGAAUGAGUUUCGGAGGAGAAGUUUUGAGCACGAAAAUAUUGGGGAGUGUGCUAAAUACCAGAGAUAUCCUAAUCUCUGCAAGAAUACAAGUACUUUUGAGACCACAGAACUGGAUCAAGAUAUACUUGAUGCAGUGGCAGUUUACUCAAAGAAAAAUAUCGCUUCUGUGAAGAUUUUUAUUGGAGAAACAUACCACACACAGCUAUACAGAACCAAGGCUAUUACAGAACUUCAGAUGUUGGGAAAUGCUGGCGGUCUGAUAGGUUUGUGCAUUGGAUUCUCAAUGAUCUCAAUAAUAGAAGUGUUCUACUAUUUCUUAACCUCCAUCACGUCUCUUUGUAAUCGUAAUAAAAUGAACUAAUUCAUAUCAAUAAAAUAUAUUUGAUUUAA